CAUAACUGGUGUGACUAACUUGUCGGAAAGAUCUAGUGUGAUAUCUACAGAUGCAGUGCAGCUGUAGCUCUUCCGUCGGACACCUUUCAUUACCUUACUGGAGUAGAACAGUGCUGUUCCCUGACUGGGCCUAUAAGCCGGCCUGGUCUCCGGGUUCCAGACAGGUCCAGCUGUGGCACUUCCUGCUGGAGCUGCUGGGGCGCGGCGAGGGCGGGGCCAUCGGUUGGGGAGGGGAGUGGGGCGAGUUUGUCAUCCGGGACCCCGAGAGGCUCGCCAGGUUGUGGGGGGAGAGGAAGGGUAAACCGCACAUGAACUACGACAAGCUCAGCCGGGCGCUCAGAUACUACUACAACAAACGCAUCCUGCACAAGACCAAAGGGAAAAGAUUCACCUACAAGUUCAACUUCAGCAAACUCAUCCUGGUCAACUAUCCAGGAUACCCACCAUCACCACCAGCACCACCAGUACCACCAGCACCACCCAACCAUCAGCUGGUCCAGAGCGGCCCUCUUCCCUUCCCUCUCCUCCCCGCUGAGAGUGGCCUUCCUCUGUGUGGAGGAGCAGGGUCAGUGAUGGACAGAGCGGUCCAGCCUGUGCCUCACCCCCUCUUGCUUCCGUGCUGCCUCCCUAAGCCGAUCCCAACGCCGCGGCUCCUCCAGGGCCCCUUCCCCUUCAUCUCCUCCCCUGCACGUCCAGGGGCCAGCCUGAGGGAGCUGGAGUCCGGCCUCCCGCCUCUCGCCUCGGCCCUCCACGUCGCCUGGCCACACAAAAGCCCCACAGAGUGGGAUCUGAACCACAUCAGUCGAAGCCUGUUUGGUGGAGUGAAGCAGACUGAAAGAGAGAGAGGAGAGGAGAGAGGGGAAUGAUGAACACAUGGUGAAGAGAGAGUGAAGAAUAGGAACAAACCACAACAGAUGGACUGUUUUCCCUCCACAAAUCCCUCAAACAUUCACUCUCUUUGUGUUUUUUUUUUAGCUCAUUGUACAAUAGUUUAUUAUUCCUCGCCUGUGAUUCAAAAUGCACAGACUUCGUAUUUAUUGAGUCGGACCAUGUUAUGUUUUACUUUUGGAUAGAAGUACUGAGAAAUCUGCUUUUCUUAUGUCAGCUCUUUAUGCCACAGUAGGGGAAUUGCACUUGUAAACAAUUAACAACAUGGCACUUGUGUUUGGGUGAAUAAAGCAGUGCACUCAAGUUGUAUUAUUCAGCUGUUUGUCAUGCAUU